UAUCUGCAUAGAUGGGUCAUUUCAAAAUUUCAAUUGUAAUGGUCGCAUGCUGGGCCUGCCCUAGCCUCACCCAAGACGCGUAGGGUCCAUCUUGAUGUAUCUAUUUUAUAUCCAUACUGUACAUACGUUUUUCAAGAUCAUUUUAGGGCAUGAGCCCAAAAAUGAAGCGGAUCCAAUUCUCGGGUGGACCAUACCAUAGGAAAAUGCAGAUUGACCAUUAAUGGGCCACAUGAGUUUUGGAUCAUGCUGGUAUUUGUUUUUCCCUUCAUCUUCAUCCAGGUUUAUGUGUCAACAGGUUGGAUGGCAAAUAAACAUUACGGAGAGCCCAGUAAGUUUUUAAUGGUAGGGCAUUCAAUCACCACUGUUUCCUAUAGUAUGGUCUACCUGAGAUUUGGAUCUUCUUCAUUUUUGGGCUCAUGCCCUAAAAUGAUCUAGCGAACCGGAUGGAUGGUGUGGAUCUAGAACACAUACAUGAAGGUGGGCCCCGGAGCACCUAAUCCGCUACGGCCCAUGGCAAACUGGUUGGAUGAUCCCAACCAACAAGAGGACUUUUGAGUAUUACCAAACAGAGGGUUAAAAAUAGUCUGAGCAGUUCUUCCUGGAGUAGUCAGAAUUAGUCAGCUGGUGUGAUUAUUGGGCCACAGCCAUCGGUGGUAGGACCCAUCAGAUGGUGAACGCCUGUUGGUGCGUUUGCAACUAGCUACUGCAUGGCCAUCAAUGCAUCUAGACCAUGGAUGGUCCAUUGUGCAAAAGCUACAAACAAUAGGACGAUCUUAGCCCUAGAUGAGCAUAAUCGUCUCAUUUAAAUGUGGGCAAUUUAUAUUUUUUACUCCAUACAUCAGCCCGCCCGCGAAUUAGACGGCCGAGAUUUGUCCACGGCAUGGCCCAUCAGAUGGGCAAUCUCGGUUCACCAACUCAUACGGCGCUUAUGUAGGGAACACCAUCAGAGAUUCCUCUUUUCCCAGCUCCGUUUGCCGUUGAAAUAAUGUGUGGUUUAGGUAGAGACAGAAUCCUCCCUCCACCGUACACCUGGCAUGGGAAAUGUACAAGUCCUAGCUUCUAUCCACUUAUCCCCACGGACCACCAUCGAUUUAAAAAUGCUUGCAAAAUCGAACUGAUUGGAAGAUCCUAGCCAUUCAAUUAGCAUCCUUCAAACUGAGGGUGAUAGGCAAAUCUUUCAAUGGGCAAUCUCAACGGGUGGAAGUAAUGGCUAGGAGUUCCUAACAGGUGUUUUUAUAUAACGGCCAUCGAUGUUGGGCCCCGCGGGAUGGACAUGUUCAGUUCUCAGGUGUACGUUGGAGAGCCGGCCCCACCGUAUUCCACUUCUACCUGCUCUACGGUAUAAUCGCCCGAGAAUAUGAUUCCUCGCCGGAGGGGGCGCGGAUUAGGUGAGUCCGGGCAACAGCAUAGUUCCCUGACAGCUCGGCCCACCUUGAUGUAUUUGUUGUAUAUCAACUCCGUUCAUCAGUUUUUCCAGCACAUUUUAGGGCACGAUCCAAAAAAUGAAGCGGUUCCAAAUCUCAAGUGGACCACACCACAAGAAACAGUGGUCAUUGAUAAUUAAAAACUUGUGGGCCACAAAAGUUUUAGAUGAAGCUGAUAUUUGUGUUUUCUCUUCGUCCACGUCUGCGUGAGCUUUUCAAAAGUUUGGAUGGAAAAUAAACAUUACGGUGGGCCCUAGGAAUUUAUAAAUGGUGGGCGUUCAAUGAUCAUUUUUUUUUCUGAGGUGUUGUCCACAAGUUUUGGAUCAAGCUGAUAUUUGUGUUUUCUAUGGUGUGGUCCACUUGAGAAAUUGGAUCUGUUUCAAUUUUGGGACCAUGCCCUAAAUAAGCUGAAAAAAACUGAUGGACCGAGUGGAUAUACAACACAUAAAUCAAGGUGUGCCCCACGGUCAGGGAUCCAUUGUAUAAACGAGGAUGGCAAUUUCCAAUCCCUCCGUCCGAAAUUGCAUGGACACCUCGGAGAAAUUGCCCGGUGAAUUUCUCAUACGACUUUUAUCACGAACCUCACCCAAGUGCAGCAAAGGGAAAGGAAACUUCCAACGCACUGGUGUCAGUUGAUACUCUGGCAGAGUAUGACACUUGAUACUCAAGCACUAAGACAUUGUACGCAUGGCAUAUAAUAACUCAAAUUAAACCAACUAAAUUGUAGAACCCACUGUCGCUGAGUCACAUUCCCAAAAUCAGAUUUUUGGAACAACCCUAAUCUCUGAUUGGUGAACAAAUGUUUGUUUAAAUAGGACCAUUAGAUACUUUCAUUCUCAACCGUCCAUUACAUGUCGAUUAUGCCCCAUAAUUUAUAUAUUUUAGUUUGAAUUGCUUGUAUGCCCCUUCUACAAUUUCUAAGUAAUUUCCAAGUGCACGCGUAUCAUCCAUCACACUCUGCCGGAGUAUCAAAGCUUUUCACCAAACAACAUAGUAGGAUGGGAAUACCAUCAAAGCUUUCCCAACGCGAUUCCCUCUCGUGGAUUUGUAAAGAAGCUUCCUGUGUACGGUUUUCUCAUUGGAGGGAGGCUUUAAGAGGGCCAUAUCAUCCUUUUCAUAAUCUCCCUCUCUCUCUCUCUCCACAUUGCCAAACCAUGCUUCCUUCCACUUUUGAUAUGAUCCACCAAGCAUCUUCCAAUUCUCUACUCAUCUUCUGUCUAUGCAACUUCAUCAUAGCCAUUCUUCUCAUAAAUGGGUCCAAAUCCGUUUCGCCAUCCAACGGUCGAGAAAGCAGCACUUGUGUCUCAGUCGUUACGCCAUUGUCGAACAAGAGAAUUGAAGUGUAUGAGAAAGGAGAGGAGGAUAGCGAUGACCAAGAAAACUGCGACGAAGACAACGAUGACGACGAAUUGAGAAAGAGAGUGGAAGAAUUCAUUGACAAGAUUAACAGAACAUGGAAGGCAGAGAAGAUACAGGAAAAGACUACUUCCAAGACGGGCCGCUGUGAUUGGACGAUUGCAAGGCUAGCAAUUAACUCUCAUUCCAUUCUUCUCAUAAGCGGGUCAAAAUUCGAUUCUCCAUCCGACGGUCGAGAAGGCAGCACUUGUGCCCCAGUGGUCACGCGGUCGUCGGACGAGAGAAUUGUAGUGGAUGAGAAAGGAGAAGAGGAUGAAAAUGACCAAGAAAACUGCGACGACGACGAUGAAUUGAGAAAGAGAGUAGAAGAAUUCAUCGACAAGAUUAACAGAAGAUGGAAAGCAGAGAAGAUGCAGGGACUCCUUCCAGGACGGCCCGCCACCAUUUCAUCAUUGCAAGACUAGUAGUUAAUUCUCAUUUCUUUAUUUGUUUUGCGGCAGUAUGCCGGAAUUACGUCGUGUAUUUGUAGAAGAUUAAGAGAUUUUUGGCGGUGGAAAUGAUUUGGAGUUAGAAUUCAUAAUAACCAUACAUCAGAAUCAUAAGGGAAAGUGUUGGGCCCACCAGCUUCUCUACUUACAAGGUAGGAUCGGUUGGGUCCCACACCUCAAUCUGGCCAC